GAAGAAGAAAAGGAAGAUGCAAAGGAGGGAGGCUGCUCUUUCUUGGAGGACUGAGGUGCAAAAGGAGCAACCAUGGGGGCAGGGACCGGAGUCAAGACGUUCUUCAGCAGAGAGUCGUCGCCGACCAAGAAAGUGCCGAGAAUAUGCGGAACCAACUACCCGCUGAGUAUCUUGUUCAUCAUCGUCAACGAGUUCUGCGAGAGAUUCUCUUACUAUGGAAUGAAAGCCGUCCUGACGCUUUACUUCCUGAACUACCUGCACUGGGACGAGAACCUGUCCACCACCGUCUACCACGCCUUCUCCGGGCUCUGCUACUUCACCCCGAUCAUCGGAGCCCCCAUCGCCGACGCCUGGCUGGGCAAGUUCAACACCAUCUUUUGGCUGUCCAUCCUGUACGUGAUCGGUCAUGUGAUCAAGUCGGUGGGCGCCAUCCCUGACGUGGGAGGCACGGAGGUCCACGUGGCUCUGUCUCUGAUUGGCCUGAUUGCUAUCGCCUUCGGUACCGGAGGUAUCAAGCCCUGUGUGUCGGCCUUCGGCGGUGAUCAGUUUGAUGAAGAACACGUAAAAGAGAGAGGGAAGUUCUUCUCCAUCUUCUACAUGUCCAUCAACGCCGGCAGUCUCAUCUCCACCUUCGUGACGCCGAUACUCCGAGGAGACGUCCAGUGCUUCGGAACGGAUUGUUACGCCCUGGCAUUCGGCGUUCCGGCCGCUUUGAUGUUUUUUGCGCUGAUUGUGUUUGUCAGCGGCAGCGGCAUGUAUAAGAAGCACCCGCCGCAAGGAAACAUCUUAGCUCAAGUCUUCAAGUGCAUCGGAUUCGCCAUUAAGAACCGCUGGAGAAAUCGCUCCAAACAAAUCGCCAAGAGGGAGCACUGGCUGGACUGGGCCACUGAGAAAUAUUCGAAAAAACUGAUCACAGAAGUGAAAAUGGUGACCAAAGUUCUGUUCCUGUACAUCCCCCUCCCGAUGUUCUGGGCUCUAUUUGACCAGCAGGGAUCACGAUGGACUCUCCAGGCCACGAGAAUGAACGCGGAUUUCACCGGAUUUGUUAUUCAGCCGGACCAGAUGCAGAUCCUGAACCCACUUCUGAUCCUCAUUCUCAUUCCGGUGUUCGAUCUGGGCAUCUACCCGCUCGUCAAGCUGUGCAAGAUCAACUUCAAACCCCUUCCAAAGAUGACCAUCGGCAUGCUGCUGGCAGCUGUGGCGUUUGCGGUUGCCACUGUUGUGGAGAUCAAAAUUAAUGAGACAAAUCCAACGAUCCCGAAAGCUGGAGAGAGUCUUGUGCAGGUUCUGAACUUCGCUCAACAACCUGUCGCUGUUAGCAUGCCAGGCAACACGGCGUUCAACCAGCCAUCCCUAGCCAAUGGAGCGUUCCAGGAUCCAAAUUACGUAAAAGUAAAUUUCACCGGCUCUACGACAGUCACUGUGCAGAUUCCUGGAAUCAACACUCCCUGCACAUACAGCAUUGAUGAGAAAGAAGCAUACUCCUUAUUGGUGGAUGUGAAUGUCAUGGAUUCUACUUCGUUUUGUUCACCAAUCAAAGAUAGCAAUAAAAAGCCAUCCAAUGGAUUAGCAGCGGUCAGAUUCAUUAAUUUGCUCCCAGAUACUGUCAACAACAUACAGAUCGGCGACACGGCGUUCAACAGUACUCCCCAGCACAUAUCGGACUAUCUCACACAGAAAAGAGCAAAAACCAAACUUAACGUGGAUUACAACAACGAGAAAUACACGAUUGACCUGGGUUUACUGGACUUUGGUGGAGCAUAUACAGUAGUACUGAAGGGUGUGGAUACAACCAGUAAAGUUAUUACAGCCUACAAGGUUACAGACGUUGACGCUAACAGCGUGCACGUGGCAUGGCAGAUCCCGCAAUACUUCCUGCUGAGCGCCGGCGAGGUCAUGUUCUCGGUCACCGGCUUAGACUUCUCCUACUCCCAGGCUCCAAACAGUAUGAAGUCCGUCCUCCAGGCUGGGUGGCUGCUCACUGUGGCUUUUGGCAAUGUGAUUGUGCUCAUUGUAGCCCAGGCGGGAACCUUGGCACAGUGGGCGGAGUUUAUCCUGUUUGCGGCACUCCUGGUCGCCGUUUCCAUCAUCUUCUCCAUCAUGGGAUACUUCUAUGUUCCCGUGAACCCCGAUGACCUGAAAGAGGACGACGACCAAGCUGACGAUAUCAAGAAGCCGAUACCUGACUUCUACGAGACCACCUUAGACGCCGCCAUGGAGGAGAAGAAGACAAAGAUCUAGAAUAUAGAAAA